AAAAAAAAGAAUCACAUUUGGGAAGCUGUAGAUGAGAUUAAUCAGAGGAAGAGGGAAAGAAGAAGUAGAAAGUAUAUUUCACAUCUCAAAAAAGCACGUGCUCUUUGGAGCCAAAAAGCAAAAAUUUCCACUGUUGUGGCAGAAGUUAUCAGCAGACAUUUCUGUGUGGAUAGGGGUACCAGGUUCCCUUGUCCCCAGGACAUUUUACAUUAGUUAUCACAUCCUUUAGAUUACAUCAGCAAAGCCAUUCAUUGCUUUUUAAGUUGGCUACAAAGUGGAUAUUGACGUCUUUGAUGUUUGCCAGAGGGAAAAACCAAAUCUAUGCUUGUAUAGGGGCACAAGCUGGUACAAAGCUAGGAAAGCCCACGUGCCUAGAGGUGAAAAGUGCAAGGAGUUCAGUGUAUAAGAAAGAGACCCAACAUCCCUGUGCGUGUCCCAACUCUUGGGUCUGCCAGUGUGUCCUGUGCGUUGGUGGACAGUGGAAAAUCAGCACCAGGAAGAGCCUGGUCUUGGUCUUGAUGUGUUUACACCUCUCCGAGCGCAUGGAAAGUUGGGUAUUGGGAUUUAGGUUCAUUGUGAAUCUCAGUCUUUAAAGAGAAUUGUCAGCUAAGGAUGAGCAAAGUACUCCUUCUAUAUAUCUUUUGGAAAGGCAGUAAGAUUGUUCUCUGACACCAUGAAGUGGAAACUGGCUGGGAGCUGAGACUUAAAUGGAUGGUGUGUGUAAGUGUGGGUUGGGCAUUUUGUUGGGUAAAACUGAAGACACACAAUCAUUUUAUAGGAGGGUCUGGGAAGAAACAGACAUUUCUUCUCUGGGAAUAAUAUGUAAGUACAAAAGCCUUAUUUAGUGCAGCGUCUGUCCAUUCUGGAAAUGCUGGAAUAACUGCAGUGGUUAGAAGUUGCUAAAAUAUAAAAAAAAAAAAAAAGAAAAAGAAAAGAAAAGAAAAAAAAGUUGCUAAAAUCUAGGAGGAUUCCAUAUAAGAAGCUCUUCUUUAGUCGAGUGCUGAAGAAGUUUGAAAAUUUCAGAUCAGAUGGUUGAAGGGAUUGCUGUAACGGGGGCAAGGUGAAGUGCAUUCCUUUGUUUACCCUGUUCUCUGCAGAAUCAUCCUGAGGACAGGCGCAUCUAUCCGAGAGGUGACAGAGGAGCCUUUGGGCCUUGAAGUGCUCCUGGACUCCAUCAGUGCGAUGACCUGCAGUCUUCAUAGAGGUUGGGGCACUGGCUGAGCACACAACAGCCCCCCGCGCCAGGGUUCCACUGACCAUGGAGCAUUUGCCUACUUUAGCACUGUAAGGAACUUGCUGUGAGAAUAUCGGUGAGAUGAUGGAGCACCUGCAGAGCAGCUCCUCGUGAGGUUCCCCACGAGGACAGAGCGGACGCCUCACUUCUUCAGAUGUGUCUACUGGGACCCACAACCAGGAAGCUGGUCUACCAUGAGGCUUGGCAGUUCUACUGCAGGUGCAACUAGGCUCAGCCUAUAAGCUAGUGUGCUAUUUUACCAACUGGUCUCAAUAUCGACCAGACCCAGCCAAGUUCUUUCCCAAGGAUGUGGACCCAUGUCUCUGCACACACUUGAUAUAUGCCUUCGCCACCAUGAAUGACAACAAGAUUGCUCCUUAUGAAUGGAACGAUAUUGAUGUUCUGUAUCCUCAGUUCCUGGCCCUGAAAGAACGCAACAAAGAUCUGGUCAACUUGCUGGCCAUUGGUGGCUGGAACUUUGGCACUCAGAAAUUCACCACCAUGGUCUCCACAGCUGCCAACCGCAAAAUCUUCAUCUGCUCUGUCAUUGACUUCCUUCGUCAACAUGGAUUUGAUGGUAUUGACUUGGAUUUUGAAUAUCCAGGGUCCCGGGGAAGCCCACCUGAGGACAAACAGCGAUUUACCAUCUUGAUUAAGGAAAUGCUAACAGCUUUUGAAGAAGAGGCUAAAAAUACAGGACGCCCCAGACUGCUGAUCACAGCAGCUGUAUCUGCUGGAAAAGGAACCAUUGAUGCAGGAUAUGAAAUUGCAGCGAUUGGGAAGCUCCUUGAUUUCAUCAGUGUGAUGACCUAUGACUUCCAUGGCGGCUGGGAUACAUGUACAGGGCACAACAGUCCGCUGCAUGUCGGAUCCAAGGAUGAAGGCGACAUGCGUUAUUUCAACUGUGAAUUUGCCAUGAAGUACUGGAGAGCCAACGGGGUCCCUUCAGAGAAGCUCCUCAUGGGGUUCCCCACCUAUGGGAGGACUUUCCGGCUCAGCACUUCUGACACCUCUGUCUGUGCCCCAGUCUCUGGAGCAGGGUCGUCUGGACCAUACACACGUGAGGCUGGCUUCUGGGCUUCCUAUGAGGUCUGCACAUUCCUAAAUGGAGCCACAAAAGUCUGGAUUGAAGACCAAAAAGUCCCAUAUGCUUAUAAAGACACUGAGUGGCUUGGCUAUGACAAUAUUGAGAGCUAUGGAUAUAAGGUUGACUUUCUUAAGGAGAACAAUCUUGGUGGGGCCAUGGUUUGGGCCAUUGAUCUGGAUGACUUCUCAGGCUCCUUCUGUAAUGAGGGCAAAUAUCCACUCAUAAGCAAGCUGAAGUCACUCCUGGGUCUGUCCUCAGAAUGUACUCCACCAGCCAUCAAGACCUGGUAUAACCAACUAGUGACACCCAGAAGUGAAGGUUUCUGUGCCGAUGUUGGUGGCGAUGGCGGCAGUGGUGGAGAAAGUGGUGGCGAUGGAGGCAGUGGAGGAGGAGGAGGAGAAGGCGGUGGCGAUGGAGGCAGUGGAGGAGAUGACGGUUUCUGUACUGGGAAAGCAGAUGGCAUUUACAGUGAUCCUAAAGACAGCACCAAGUACUACCAGUGUGCUGGAGGCAGAACCUUCCACUUCCAGUGUGCCCAGGGUCUGGUGUUUGACGAGAACUGCAAGUGUUGUAAUUGGCCUUCAAUUUAAAGUGUUGGCAAAAUGCUGCUUUGUCAUAGGUUCUCUUGAACUGCAUUCAGACUACCUCUUCCAAUAUUCCAAGUCGGCCGUGAAGGAUACCAAUCUGAUUGUAAACACCCUCCCUUACUAAAACAGCCUUGUGACUAGGCUUUACUCCAUUAAAACCUAAAAAAAAAGUCGUCAGCCCCUGAAACCAAUUCCAUAUAUAAAAUAAAUAUGACACGGCAUGUUU